GCGGCAAAGGCAUUCAGUUGAAAAACAAGCGAACUCUCAACAAGUGAACUUGAAGCGCUCUCACAGCUCUCCAAGCGAUACACUGCGAUCUACUGCGAAUAUAUCGGAGUUAUUAUUUGAAGAUUUGAAAGAAGAUUUAUUGAGAAAAUUCGAAAAAUGUCUCUCAUCCCGUACUUCUUUGACGACUUCGGCUUCCGCCGCCCUCGCCGCCUGAUGGACCAGCACUUCGGGCUUGCCUUGACACCUGAGGACCUGCUAUCAGUUGCUGCCGGACCUUUACUGAGCAACGACUACUACCGUCCCUGGAGACACCUGGCUGCUGCCGCGAGGGACGUCGGCUCCACAAUUAAGGCUGAGAACGACAAACUACAGAUCAACUUGGACGUCCAGCACUUCGCUCCCGAAGAAAUCUCUGUGAAGACAGCUGACGGGUACAUUGUAGUUGAAGGUAAACAUGAGGAGAAGAAGGACGAGCACGGCUUCAUCAGUCGUCAGUUUGUGAGGAGGUACCAGCUGCCGGAGGGCGCGGCGCCCGAGAACGUCGAGUCGCGGCUCUCAUCUGAUGGAGUCCUCACCAUCACCGCCCCAAGGAAGGUCCCUGAAGCCAUCAAGGGAGAGAGGAAGGUCCCCAUUGCCCAAACAGGACCAGUCCGCAAAGAAAUCAAAGACCAGAGCAACGGAACGGAAGAACCGAAGGAAAAGUAAAUUAAUGUGUUUUUUUUUGUGCUGCUGUGUUACUUUAUAUUAUGUGUGUGAGUCUCAACUAUUCCAAAUAUUAUGGCGGUGCCAUUUAAGACUGUUAUUGUAUUAUAAAUAAAUUUAAGUUUCAGCUUUAAAA